UGAGUACGACGGCUCAUACUACCCAUCAUCACCAUGGAGAUACAAAUGGAGACUAUGGAAACAUCAUGAUAGUAGACACAACAGGAGCCAGUGCGGAGACCUCCAGCCAAGACGGCCUCGGCUACUCAGGCGUUGCUGCUUCCCACCAAAUGGCCAGUACGGACCAUUCCCGGCUGAACUACUACAGGCAGCAAAUAUUUGAAGCUGCCAACGCCAAGAACAUGGACCCCGCUAUCAUCGCCGCCAUCAUCAGCCGUGAGACACGCGCAGGCGCAGCACUGGCUGCCGACGGAACAGGGGAUCAUGGGAACGGAUUCGGGCUCAUGCAGGUGGACUACCGUUACCACACUCCUGUAGGCGGUCCGUACAGUACCGAGCACAUCAAACAGGGAACUCAGAUCCUCAUCGACACCAUCAACUGUGUACAGCAGAGACAUCCUAGCUGGACCGCCGAAAUGGCCCUCAAGGGCGGAAUUUCCGGGUACAACGCCGGCUGUGGUAACGUACAGAGUUACGCCGGGAUGGACGUAGACACAACUGGAGACGACUACGCCAACGAUGUGGUCGCGCGCGCCCAGUGGCUGAAAGCUCAUGGUUUUUAGUUUCCA